CAUACUGUCCGUAUAGGAGAGUUGCAGUUGACACCUUUUUUACAAUAACCUCAAAAGGACAUAACUUCUCUCAAGUGUCUACCUUCUUGUCCUUAAUCUUUAGCCUAGCUAUAAUCUCAAGGUACGAGUACUAGGGCAAGUCCUUUUGUACCAGCACAGUAUAUUUUGUUAUCUUGUUAUGCAAAGCUCUCCAUCGAUCUUUCUGUUUCCAUGGAGGCCAGCUCUCUCUUAUUUAUAUUCCCCCUCCCUCCCCCAAUUGCUUAAAUGAAUGCUUCCUCCUUUAACUCAUCUUUGAGUCUAUAUAUAUAUAUAUAUCAAGAUCUCCCUCUCGCUCUAGCUUGCUCUCCAUUUUAUAUCAGCAAGCUACGCACAUCUUGAGUCUUUUCUUCUUCUUACAUAUCUACUGAGAUCUAUUACUGUAUAUUCUCACUUGUUAGUAUAUACCAUUUUGUGAGCAACUUCAUUUUCAAAAGAUUAUAAGAUGGAGAAAGAGAACACAUCCUUAGCGAGAACAAGAUCGGAACAGUUGGUGGAGACAGUGGCAGCGGCGUUUAAAUCUCCUUCUAACAACGAGGCAAUCGGAGUUUCUGAGGGCAGCAGUGGCGGGACACUCUCAAGGAAGUCUAGCAAGCGGCUGAUGAUGGCAGCCUCACCGGGACGCAGCACUUCGAGUGGUAACAAAAACACACACAUUAGGAAGUCAAGGAGUGCACAAAUGAAGUUUGACUUGGAUGAUGUCAGCAGUGGAGCAGCUCUAAGCCGAGCCUCUAGUGCCAGCUUGGGCUUCUCUUUCUCCUUCACUGGCUUCAACAUGCCACCUGAUGAAAUAGGGGACUCCAAGCCGUUUAGUGACGAUGAUAUACCGGAGGAUCUUGAAGCUGGAGCCAGGAGGCCGAAAUUUCAAACUGAACCUACCUUGCCAAUUUACCUAAAGUUCACAGAUGUCACAUAUAAGGUGAUUAUCAAAGGAAUGACCUCAACCGAGGAGAAGGAUAUCUUGAAUGGAAUCAGUGGUUCAGUAGAUCCAGGAGAAGUUUUGGCGCUUAUGGGACCUUCAGGAAGUGGAAAGACAACACUUCUGAAUCUGAUUGGCGGAAGGUUAAAUCAGACCACUGUUGGUGGUUCACUCACUUACAAUGACCAACCAUACUCCAAGUUUCUAAAGAGUCGGAUAGGAUUCGUGACACAAGACGACGUUCUGUUUCCUCACCUCACAGUGAAAGAAACAUUGACAUAUGCGGCCCUCCUUCGAUUGCCAAAGACAUUGACAAAAGAACAAAAGCAAAAACGAGCCAUUGAUGUCAUCUAUGAGCUAGGCUUAGAGAGGUGCCAAGACACUAUGAUUGGAGGCUCAUUUGUACGAGGUGUGUCAGGUGGGGAGAGGAAAAGAGUUUGCAUUGGCAAUGAGAUUAUAAUCAAUCCUUCACUCUUGUUCCUUGAUGAACCAACCUCAGGAUUGGAUUCUACAACUGCUUUAAGGAUAGUGCAGUUGUUACAAGAUAUAGCAGAGGGUGGGAAAACUGUGGUGACAACAAUCCACCAGCCAUCGAGUAGACUCUUCCACAAAUUUGACAAGUUGAUUCUUCUUGGGAAAGGGAGUUUGCUUUAUUUUGGAAAAGCAUCAGAAGCAAUGCUGUAUUUCUCAUCUAUAGGUUGCAACCCUCUUAUUGCCAUGAACCCAGCAGAAUUCUUGCUAGACCUUGCAAAUGGCAAUAUAAAUGAUGUUUCUGUCCCAUCUGAAUUGGAGGAUAAAGUGCAAAUAGGGAAUUCAGAGGCUGAAACGAGAAACGGGAAGCCAUCUCCUGCGGUUGUACAUGAGUAUCUCGUGGAGGCCUACGAGACUCGAGUUGCAGAUAAAGAGAAGAAGAAACUUAUGGUUCCUAUACCCCUUGAUGAAGAAGUGAAGUCAAAAGUAUCUUCCCGGAAGCGACAAUGGGGUGCAAGCUGGUGGGAACAAUACACGAUAUUGUUCUGCAGAGGAAUCAAAGAAAGGCGGCAUGACUAUUUUAGCUGGUUGCGAAUCACCCAAGUCCUCUCUACUGCAAUUAUCUUGGGAUUACUAUGGUGGAAGUCAGAUAGUAGUAGCCCUAAAGGUUUGCAAGAUCAGGCAGGGCUGCUAUUCUUCAUUGCUGUUUUCUGGGGAUUUUUUCCAGUAUUCACAGCAAUCUUCACAUUUCCCCAAGAAAGAGCCAUGUUGAGUAAAGAACGUGCAGCUGACAUGUACAGACUAAGUGCAUAUUUUUUGGCGAGGACUACAAGUGACCUUCCACUUGAUCUAAUACUACCAGUACUUUUUCUUCUCGUCGUCUACUUCAUGGCAGGCUUGAGAUUGAGUGCUGCUCCCUUUUUCCUAACCAUGCUCACGGUUUUUCUCUGCAUUGUUGCUGCUCAGGGACUCGGCCUAGCUAUUGGGGCUACCCUGAUGGACUUAAAGAGGGCCACAACUCUGGCUUCAGUUACUGUGAUGACCUUCAUGCUGGCUGGAGGGUAUUUUGUGAAGAAAGUUCCAGUAUUUGUAUCUUGGAUCCGCUACAUGUCUUUCAACUAUCACACCUAUAAGCUGCUUCUCAAGGUUCAAUAUGAACAUAUGACACCGGCUAUAAAUGGUAUUGGAAUAGACAGUGGCUUGACGGAAGUUAGUGCCCUGGUGGCAAUGGUUUUCGGCUACCGCCUCUUGGCUUAUAUUUCCUUGCGGAGAAUGAAGCUUGGUGCGUAGUAAGCUACAAUAUUCAGAGCAAUUAUGGGCUUCCACGUUGACUUAAAAGAUCUAUUCCAUGAAAACUUGCAUUCCACGGAUCAGAAUAAGGGAUACAUGCAAUGGCUACCAAUCCAGAGAUAUCAAAUUUUCAGCUCCAAGAAGAUUUUUGGAUAGCAAAGGCCUCAACGACAACAUUUAUGCAUUAUCUUAGCCAUGUGAGACGAUUUUUACAUGUGGAGAAUUCCUAGAAAUGUUAUCACGUCAUAAGAAGUUCAAAUUCACAAGCUUAUCUUUUAUAUUAAUAAAUGCAGUAAUGUAAUGAUUGUUAGACA